AAAAACAGAAAAAAGAAGCAAAAGCCAUCACUCCUCCAAAACGCACUCCAACUUGUCCACCCCCUCUCUCUCUCUCUCCACCCUCACCUCCUUCCCUCUCUCUAAAAUUCCCAAUUCCAACUCCGAUUCCUAUCGAAGCGUCUUCAAUCAACAAAAAGGGGAUAUGUGGCACCAAGUGCGUCGAGUUCUAGGUCUGCAGUGAAGAUAGUAAGUAAAAGAAGAUAAUGGGAGGCUGCUGCUGCUGUUCAUCCAAAGGAACGGAGCUGAAUGCUGCACCAACAUACUAUUACUGUCCAAGGACCUCGGAUGAGCACAUUCCCUUAUCGUCUCGCCAAGGAGGUGCCUCUGCACUCUCUACUGGGCUCCUAGUUGAUACAAAUUUGGAUACAUCAAUACCUGACACUUAUAGACCACCUCCUGCCCCUAUUGCAUAUGAUGUGGCUUUAGAGCAUGCUCAUACUCCACCACCGGCACAAGAGAUCUGUGGCAGCAAGAGUGAAGCAGCAUUGCAAAUAACAACAAAUUCUGAUUCUGUUCAAGAAGCAGUUGGUGGAAAUACCCAAGAAGCUUCACCCAAGUGUGCAGACCUGAAGGAUGCGGACUGCAAAGCCCAAAUGGAUUUGGAACUUGAUCCAGUGAAUAAGUCAGAAGUUGAACUUGCGAAAUCAGUGGAAUCUAUUACUUUAGCAAUAGAGGAAGAGGAUGUUUGUCCCACUUGUUUGGAAGAGUAUGAUCCACAAAAUCCAAAAAUAACUACAAAAUGUGAUCAUCAUUUUCACCUUGCUUGCAUUCUUGAAUGGAUGGAACGAAGUGACACAUGUCCUGUGUGUGAUCAGGAAAUGAUAUUUGAGCCUCCAAUCUAGUAGCAACCAGCAAUUGAAGUCCAGUUAUUUCCUUAUUGAAUUAUGGUUUGAGAAGCAGAGGUUACAAAUGAUAGAAGGUUCUUCUUUCCUCCAUUUGUGUUACUGUUCGGUGCCAGUUACAGAUAUGGUUGGUCUUUGCUUUUGUUAGGCUAUGCUCAUUCAAAUGCAGUGCCUUUGUGCAUUUGUUUCCUUUCAACUCAAUGAUAAUGAAAAGGAAGAGGGGGUAGAGUUGACGCUGGCGUGAAAUUAGUAUUGAACUCGAUUUUCUAUUUGCAGUGCAUACACAUUAGAUCUUAGAGCAACGUAUUAUGAAUGAUAGAAUGACGUGGGUUAAAUAGAUAUUGAAGAUGGGAAUAGUAGUUAGAUUUGUUGUCCCCAACGGGAAGUUAGUUUCCAAACAAGAAAGAUGAACGUAUUCUUCUCUCUUUUUUCCGAGUAUAGUUUCUUUGUUUACUCGUGUGGUGAGCCUGUCCAUAUGUGAGCUGCUGAUUUUUGUUUACUCCCUUGUCAUAUAAAUGGCAUUGAAUUACUUGUUUGUUGCUGGCAGUGGAUUCGCUUAGUGUAAUGGAAGAUGGAAGGUUCUUGUUGGUUUUCA